GUCCUUUUGUCCUCACCAUGUCCUGAGCAACACCUCGCACAAAAGCUAUGGACACCAGACAUAGAGCUAGCCUCGCAUCGACUCGUCCCAUGCACCGAGUAUUCCGGGUGGAUGAGAUCCUACUUCUCGUCUUGAACAAUCUCGACUACGAUACGAGCAGCUUGGCCAGCGUUGCAAGAACUUGCCGCUUGCUGCAUAGGCCUGCCAUCGUCGUGCUGUGGGACAGCCUCUACAACAUAGAACCCCUUAUCAGGCUUUUCCCUUCCGAUGCCUGGGAGCUCACGGACUCAGUACCACAUGCCAACGGAGGAAUGCCCUGGACUCGGACGCCUCGACGCCUUAACCUGACGCGAGCUCUUACUGCUCCGGAAGACUGGUAUGCAUUCGACAAGUAUGCAUAUUUGGUCAGACAUAUCACGCGUAUUGCCCACUCGGGCGAGCUCAAGGCAGACGUCCGAAUGAUCAGACCCUUGUACGGCCUCGACCAAAUCACGCUGGAAACAUAUCAAAUGCUUUCUUUUUGUCGCCGCGGCUUGCUUAUACCUCUCUUAAAGACCAUUGACUGGUCUUUUCAGUCCAGCGCACACGGCUCUCCGACUCUCUGCGCCGAUAUGCUCCCGAUCCUGCAUCUUCUCGUUGGUCCUGAGCUCAGGCAUCUCAGGAUCGGGCGCCUUUUCUUGUAUGCUUCCAGCAAAUAUGCAGCUACACCAGCCCUCAAAUCGAUUCUGGGUGCUAUCCAGAGCACUUGCCCCCUCCUGGAGUCAAUCACAUUUGAUACUAUCCAUGGCGGAUCUGCCGAGCUAUCACGCGUACUCGGCCCACAGCUUACGCGUCACCACAAUCUCAAGUCGAUCCGAUGCCCAGGUGUUGCGCUCGCUAUUCAUGAUGUAGUGAAGCUGUCAUCCCUUCCGUCUUUGGCGUCGCUGCAAAUAAACCUCUCAUUCGACGGUCUCGUCAGGUCAAGUCUCCAUGCGAGUAGGUCAUGCCAUCCUGCCGAACCCGUCACGACAUUCCCAUCUCUCCGAGAGCUGGAUAUCCAACGGUGCGAUGCACAGAGCUAUCUACAAUUUGCUUCCAUCAAGCUGCCCGUCGUUGAGGAUUUCAAGUUAACCCUCGACAUGUCAACACACCGGAGCUGCCCUCGGCCGCUAUUCGCCGUCAUCGCAUCGCAAUGUAACCCCGAGACCCUGUCCGUGGUUAAACUGCGCGAUGACCGCCUCGACGACGACUUGAUCACCUGUCCUAACUUCGCAGUUUCAGCGUCGAACCUCCGCCACUUCCUUGCAUUCCGCCAUCUGCGCUAUCUCAACAUAGACACGAGGACCUCGUGUACAGAAUAUGACGAUGAGGUUCUCGUCGAAAUGGCUACUGCGUGGCCCAAAUUGGAGCAUUUGCACGUCAAUGCUGGGGUGCGGAAAUCAGGGUGGAGGAGAUCAUCGUCAGUGGCUACACUACUCGGUUUAUCCGCUUUCGCCAAACGUUGCCCCGGACUUACCCAUCUCGGGCUGCUGCUCGAUGCACAUGGUCCUCAAACCGACGAAGAGCACGUUGUCCAUGGCCAUCUGCAUACCCUGCGCAACUUAGAAGUGAUCCACUGGGGAUGGUCAACGGUCAGGGGCCAGCUGGAGUCGGUGGCAUCGAUGCUGUCGUAUCUCUUCCCCCCGGAUGUCCAAUGGCGUCGUGGAGGCGAUGGCUAUUUUCAUGCGGAGCCCGAGGAGGUCGCAGAAGAGGAAGACUCUGCCGAGAAAUGGGACAAAGUGAUGGCGCUCUACCCGGUCAUGUAUCGCGUACGGCAACAGGAACGCGAACGAGCUCGCAGACUCGUGGCAAGCGGCGACUCGAGCGCAAUUUAAUGGCAUGCAAGGUUCUGGCCGAGACAUCGCCCGAAGCCAGGUGCUGUACGCGCUAGGAGCGGUUUGAAGGAUGGGCCAAUCGAUCGAAUGUGCUGACCGGCAGGGACUCAGACAGUUCUCGUUUGUUUGUUUGUUUGUUUGGUUUGUCCCUUUAGGGCCACC